GACGCUGAGAGAGGGAGAAGGAGACGCUGAGAGAGAGAGAGAGAGAGAGAGAGAGAGAGAGAGAGAGAAGGAGAAGGAGAAGGAGAGGGAAGGAGGCGCUGAGAGAGAGAAGAGGGAAGGAGACGCUGAGAGAAGGAGAAGGAGACGCGUCAGAGCAGGAUGAUUAGAUGAUAUCUAUCUAGUCAUGAGCUUGGCGGCGGACUCACCGGUGCACUCGUCUAGCAGUGAUGACUUUGCUGCAUUUCUCGAUGCAGAAUUGAAGUCAGCUUCCACUUCUGAGGAGGAGGCAUCGCCGGAUCAAGAUAAUGUCUCCAAUGAUGAUGAUGACAAUGACGAUGAUUAUCUCAAAGAAGCAAGGAUCAAAAGGCGCAAAGUGUGUGAAUCGGAAGUUAUAGACGAGUCUCAGGGAUCAACUUCGGUUGGAGCCAUGCAGGAAGAAUUAGUUACUUCGCAGGCGCCUAUAGAUGAGAUCUGCCCUCAUCCAGGUUUUAUCAGAGAUAUGUGCAUACGUUGUGGGAAGCUGAAAGAUGAUUACGCCGGGGUUGCAUUUGGAUACAUUCAUAAGGAUUUGAAGCUUGGUGCUGAAGAAAUUGCUCGAUUACGUGGAGCAGACUUAAAGAACUUGUUACGGGAUCGUAAGCUUUACUUGGUCUUAGAUUUGGACCAUACGCUACUUAACUCAACCCGCCUUAUUGACACCUUACCUGAAGAGAAUUAUUUAAUCAAUCAAGCAGAUCCUGUGGAAGAUGGUUUGAGAAACAGCAUAUUCAAAUUGGAUCAUAUGCAUAUGCUGACAAAGCUAAGGCCAUAUGUUCACACCUUCCUGAAAGAAGCAAGUAGCAUGUUCGAGAUGUACGUAUACACCAUGGCAGAGCGAUCUUAUGCUCUGGAAAUGGCCAAGCUGCUUGACCCUGGACACAUGUAUUUUAGCUCCAGAAUAAUUUCACAAGCUGAUUGCACUACAAGACACCAAAAAGGCCUUGAUGUAGUUCUGGGGGCUGAAAGUGCAGUGGUGAUCCUUGAUGAUACAGAGAUUGUAUGGCAGAAGCACAAAGAGAACCUGAUUCUGAUGGAAAGAUAUCAUUUCUUCGCCUCGAGCUCCCGCCAAUUUGGCUUCAAUGGUAGGUCCUUGUCAGAGCUGAGGAGGGAUGAAAGCGAGGCUGAUGGUGUGCUUGCGGCAGUUCUUAAAGUUCUCAAGCGUGUCCACCAAAUGUUUUUUGAUCCGGAUGAUGGUAUGGAUGUCUCAAGCAGAGAUGUGAGAAAGCUGCUGAGCAUGGUAAGGAGGGAAAUCUUCAGCGGGUGUAAAUUAGUUUUCAGCCGUGUAUUCCCAACCAAGUUCCAGGCGGAGAAUCACCAGCUUUGGAAGAUGGCAGAGCAGUUGGGUGCCACAUGUUCAACGGAGCUCGAGCCAUCUGUAACGCACGUGGUCGCAACGGACAGUGGAACAGAAAAGGCACGAUGGGCAGUGCAGCAAGGGAAGUUCCUUGUUCAUCCGCGGUGGAUUGAGGCAGCCCAUUACCUAUGGCAACGGCAACCAGAAGAGGGUUACCCAGUCGAAAGUCAACCGAAAGUAAAAAACUUACCUUAACAGCCUCACACAAUCAUGGAAAUUGAUAUCCGUAUGUAGCAUUGAUUGGCACUGUCAGUAGAAUGGUGGCCAUUGAGUAGGAUGAUUUGAUUCUUGUUUUGCCACUAAUAUUUGUAUCAUCUCAACGGUGCUAAUAGUUCAAUUCCUUGUGUUCCUUUUA